AUUUGAAGAAAUUUAUAUUAGAUUUUAUUAUCACUAUCCAUAUACUUCUAUUGAAAGUAAUGAAAACAACUUAACUGAUUUAAAUUAUCAAUUUGAUGAAAUAAUCUUUAUGAAGUUGUAUGAACCAACAAUUUCAAAAAAU